GCAACGGUUGCGUUGCGAAUAUAUAUAUCCCAAACCAGCCGCGAUUUUAGCAAAUAAACAAAACCCAACCAGCCGAGCAAGAGAGUGAAUGAAUUUGUAACAAAUUUUCACAAUAGAAGAAAAUAAUUAAGGGAAAGCAAGUGUAAAUAAAAAUAAGGGGAAAUGUGCAAUAAUUAUGGGAUCACAACAAGGUCCCUUAUAUAAGCGAGAGCCCAUUGUCAAGGGCGCCAAGUGUUGGCCACAUUGAGCCGUAUUCGUGGCCGUGGCCGUAACCGUGUCCGUGUAUCGCUUUCGUAUCGUAUCGUAUCGUGAGCGUCCUUGUCCUUGUGCAGGCCGAACAGCUGCUUGGGUCCUCUUUCCCCGACCGCCCAUUCGUCCUUGUUCUUGAACCGUACGUAUACCAUCCUCCAAAAAUAUCUGCUGCUCCUGCUGCUGUCACUACUCCGCCCUGAAAACCGACCUUCCCGGGCGCCCAGGCCCAGCUGUUGCUACCGACCACCCACUCGAAUUCGACCCUCAGCUGUUGGCCAUAUACGAUAUAAACGGGAAAAGAAAAAAAAUGGUAGAAAAUCGUAGCUAUCGCUAAAACAGCUGUGGAAUUCCGGCGUAACAAUUAUAUUCGUCAUCUCGUCGCAAUGUGCUUCAAUAAAUUGUUCCUAAUAAACAAAUUCGCCCAGCGUUUGCCAGGCACAAAGGUCAAAAGUCAGCAGAGACAAGUGUAAGAGCCUUAAACGACAAGAAAAAAAAACAAACAAAACAAGGAAAUCAAAUUAAAAUCAAAGUGAAAACUCCCAUUAAAAGAGCUUAAUGCAGUUUAAUUAAUAAAGGUGGCACUUUAAAAUCUAUCAAAGCUCACACAACGCUCGCCAGCGAAAAAAAAAAAUUACCUAAAAAAACCAAUUCAUCUAUAUUUUUCUAGAGGUGUUUAAAAAUAAAGUAACCAAACUACUCCACGGAAGUAUAAAGUCGCGAAUCUAAAUAAAAAAAACAAAGUGAACAAAAAUUACUGCUCAGGUUUAAAAGUUUAUAACAAAGAAAAUAAAAGCAACUUAAGCGUUGUGUUUCAUGUGCAAAAUCUUAAGAAAUAUCUAUACAAAUAAACUCAUAUAUUUUUGGAAUAUAAUUAAUAAUAAAUCUUGUGAAUCGUGUAACUUGUAUAAAAUAUAAAAUAGAAUAGGCAGUGAAUAUAUAACUAUAAAAUCAAUUUGUAAACAUACAAAUAAAAGAUUAAACCUUAUACACACCUAAAUACGAUCAUAAAAUAUAUAUUCUUAUACAUAUUAUUCAACGAUUUUAAUCAAUCAAUACAUCAAUCAAUUUAACAAUCAAUCGAGCGAUAUACUUCAAUUUGCAAAAAAACUACUUCAAAGAAAUACCUACAACAUACUCAGACGCUGCUGUGGAUCGGGCGAAGCAUAAAUCAGCAAACAAUAAACCAUCAAGUAUUAUUAGCAACUAAAACGAACUCAGACUCGGAAUCAGCCUCAGAACUCUCAGCACGAGAUCAUCAAACUUAACUCAACGCAACUCAGUCGAACUCAUCUCAUCGUCAACGGAAGUAGCCUCAACCAGAAUACAACAGAUAAAAGUAUAUAUUUAGACAUAUAUGGUAAUGAUCAAGCAACUGUGGGCAGGUAUAGGAACAACGCUAAGCUAAACGUAAGGACUAAGGACAACAACAAAUUCUCUAGGAUACAAUAGAAUACAAGAAAACACAAGAAAAAACAAAAAAACAGAAGAAAAGGACAACUUUUUCAUGCAACUUUGAAGGCUGACAAAACUAAUUUUUUGAUAAUCCAAAAACAGAAGCGAACAAACAAAUUACAAAUUACAAAUUACCACAAACAAAAACAGCAACAACAAAAAGCGUAAAGAAGAAGAGACUGAUUUUAUAAAUAAAGGAGCAAGCAGCGGAAAGGACAAAAAGCAGCAAAAGUGAGGCAAAAGUGAUUAAGGAUCAAAUCCAAAAAAAUAAAAAAAACAAACAAGCAACAAAAGCAACUUUCCAUAAAACAUAUUUAUAUUAUAUCUAAGACAGAUUGAUAUUUUUGUGCGAUUAUCCCUAUUUUGAUAUAUCAUGUUGAAGAAACUCAAGUGCAUGGAGGCGGUCCAGGCAGCAGCGGCUGCAGCAUCCGGAUCCGGAAGUGCCACCACUUCCGCAUCGAAGCUGAUCAAGACCGAACCCAUUGACUUUGAGAUGCUGCAUCUGGAGGAGAGCGAGAGGCAGCGCGACUUGGAGCGGGAGCGGGAAAGGGAGCCCAGCAGCAGCAACAGCAACAGCAACAACAGCUUGACCCCCCAGCGAUACACCCACGUGCAGGUGCAGACCGUGCCACCCCGCCAGCCUACGGGUCUGACCACGCCCGGUGGCACCCAGAAGGUCAUCCUGACCCCGCGCGUGGAGUAUGUGCAGCAGCGAGCCACCAGUUCCACGAGUGGCGGGAUCAAGCACAUAUACAGCCAGCAACAGGUGGGUGGUGGUGCGUCGCGAUCUGCACCACCGGAGGCCACGGCUCUGCUGACCACCUCCUCGGGCACUCCGCAGAUCAUCAUCACCCGAACCCUACCCUCCAAUCAGCACUUGUCGCGUCGCCAUUCGGCCAGUCCCUCGGCCCUGCACCACUACCAGCAGCAACAGCAACAGCAGCAACCACAGCGGCAACAGCAAUCGCCACCACCGUUGCACCACCAACAGCAGCAACAUGUCCGUGUGAUCCGCGAUGGCCGCCUGUACGAUGAAACCACUGUGGUGGUGGCUACCCGUCGGCAUUCGGUGUCGCCACCACCACUGCACCAUCACUCCCGAUCGGCGCCUGUAUCGCCGGUGAUUGCUAGGCGUGGUGGUGCUGCUGCCUAUAUGGAUCAGCAGUAUCAGCAAAGGCAGACGCCACCGCUGGCACCACCGCCGCCGCCUCCUCCACCCCCGCCUCCACCACCACCACCACAACAGCAACAACAACAGCAGCAGCAACAAUACAUCUCCAGUGGUGUUGCACCACCCACGGCAGCGGCUCGCAAGUUUGUGGUUAGCACCAGCACGCGACACGUGAACGUGAUUGCGGCCAAUCAUUUCCAGCAGCAACAUCAGGCGCAGCAGCAACAUCAGUCGCAUCAGCAACAUCAGCAGCAUGUGAUUGCUAGCGUUAGUUCUAGUAGCAGCUCUAGUGGCUCUUCUUCUUCGCACAUAUUUCGCACGCCCGUGGUAUCAAGCAGCAGCAGCAACAGCAGCGGCAACAGCAACAUGGCGCACAGCAGCAACAUGCUUCACCAGCAGCAACAGCAACAGCAGCAAUCGAACCUGGGCAACUCGGUGAUGCGGCCACCACCGCCGCCGCCUCCGCCCAAGGUCAAACACGCCUCCAGCUCCAACAACAACAACUUGAGCAGCAGCAGCAGCAGCAACAACAACAGCAACGGCGAGGAGCCGUCUAGCUCGAUUCCUGAUCUAGAAUUCGAUGGCACAACGGUGCUGUGCCGUGUUUGCGGAGAUAAGGCCUCCGGUUUCCAUUACGGCGUGCAUUCCUGCGAGGGUUGCAAGGGCUUCUUCCGUCGCUCCAUCCAGCAAAAGAUCCAGUAUCGCCCCUGCACCAAAAAUCAGCAGUGCAGCAUUCUGCGCAUCAAUCGCAAUCGCUGUCAAUAUUGCCGCCUGAAAAAGUGCAUUGCCGUGGGCAUGAGUCGCGAUGCUGUGCGUUUUGGACGCGUGCCGAAGCGCGAAAAGGCGCGUAUUUUGGCGGCCAUGCAACAGAGCACCCAGAAUCGCGGCCAGCAAAGAGCCCUAGCCACCGAGCUGGACGACCAGCCACGCCUCCUCGCCGCCGUGCUGCGCGCCCACCUCGAGACCUGCGAGUUCACCAAGGAGAAGGUCUCGGCGAUGCGGCAGCGGGCGCGGGAUUGCCCCUCCUACUCCAUGCCCACACUUCUGGCCUGUCCAUUGAACCCCGCCCCUGAACUGCAAUCGGAGCAGGAGUUCUCGCAGCGUUUCGCCCACGUGAUUCGCGGCGUGAUCGACUUUGCCGGCAUGAUUCCCGGCUUCCAGCUGCUCACCCAGGAUGAUAAGUUCACGCUUUUGAAGGCGGGACUCUUCGAUGCGCUGUUUGUGCGCCUGAUCUGCAUGUUUGAUUCGUCGAUAAACUCGAUCAUUUGCCUGAAUGGCCAGGUGAUGCGACGGGAUGCGAUCCAGAAUGGAGCCAAUGCCCGCUUCCUGGUGGACUCCACCUUCAAUUUUGCGGAGCGCAUGAACUCGAUGAACCUGACAGAUGCCGAGAUCGGUCUGUUCUGCGCCAUCGUACUGAUCACCCCGGAUCGUCCGGGUCUGCGCAACCUGGAACUGAUCGAGAAGAUGUACUCGCGCCUCAAGGGCUGUCUGCAGUACAUUGUGGCCCAGAACAGGCCCGAUCAGCCGGAGUUCCUGGCCAAGCUGCUGGAGACCAUGCCCGACUUGCGCACCCUGAGCACCCUGCACACCGAGAAGCUGGUCGUAUUCCGCACCGAGCACAAGGAGCUGCUGCGCCAGCAGAUGUGGUCCAUGGAGGAUGGCAACAACAGCGAUGGGCAGCAGAACAAGUCGCCCACGGGCAGUUGGGCCGAUGCCAUGGACGUGGAGGCGGCCAAGAGUCCGCUGGGCUCGGUGUCGAGCAGCGAGUCGGCGGAUCUGGACUACGGCAGUCCGAGCAGUUCGCAGCCGCAGGGCAUGUCCCUGCCCUCGCCGCCGCAGCAACAGCCCUCGGCGCUGGCCAGUUCCGCUCCCCUGCUGGCGGCCACCCUCUCCGGCGGAUGCCCCCUGAGGAACAGGGCCAAUUCCGGUUCCAGUGGUGACUCCGGGGCCGCUGACAUGGACAUUGUCGGCUCGCAUGCACAUCUCACCCAGAAUGGGCUGACAAUCACGCCGAUUGUUCGACACCACCAGCAGCAGCAGCAGCAGCAACAGCAGCAGCAACAACAGCAUCAGCAGCAACAACAGCAGCAGCAACAGCAAAUGCACCACCAGCAGCACCCACAAUUGCACCACCAUUUGACAGCCGGAGCAGCCCGCUACAGGAAACUGGAUUCACCCACGGAUUCGGGCAUUGAGUCGGGCAACGAGAAGAACGAAUGCAAGGCCGUUAGUUCGGGAGGCAGUUCCUCCUGCUCGAGUCCGCGAUCCAGUGUGGACGAUGCCCUGGACUGCAGUGAUGCCGCCGGCAAUCAGGCCCAAGUGGUGCAGCAUCCCCAGCUGAGUGUGGUGGCCGUGUCGCCCGUCCGCUCGCCCCAACCCUCGAGCAGUGGCCAUCUGAAGCGGCAGAUUGUGGAGGACAUGCCGGUGCUGAAGCGCGUGCUGCAGGCUCCGCCACUUUACGACACCAACUCGCUGAUGGACGAGGCCUACAAGCCGCACAAGAAGUUCCGGGCUUUGAGGCAUCGCGAGUUCGAGACCGCCGAGGCGGAUGCCAGCAGUUCCACAUCCGGUUCGAAUAGCCUCAGUGCGGGCAGUCCGCGGCAGAGUCCGGUGCCCAACAGUGUGGCCACGCCCCCGCCCUCGGUGGUGGGCAGCGCCGCCGCCUCCGCCGCCCUAGGAAAUCCCGCCCAGAGCCAACUGCACAUGCAUUUGACACGCAGCAGUCCCAAGGCCUCGAUGGCCAGCUCACACUCGGUGUUGGCCAAGUCCCUGAUGGCCGAGCCCCGCAUGACGCCGGAGCAGAUGAAGCGCAGCGACAUCAUCCAGAACUACUUGAAGCGCGAGAACAGCACGGCGGCCAGCAGCACCACCAACGGUGUGGGCAACCGCAGUCCCAGCAGCAGUUCCACACCGCCGCCGGUGGGCCAGAAUCAACAGCGAUGGGGCAGCAGCUCGGUGAUCACCACCACCUGCCAGCAGCGCCAGCAGUCCGUCUCGCCGCACAGCAAUGGCUCCAGCUCCAGCUCGAGCUCCAGCUCCAGCUCCAGUUCGUCCUCCUCCUCCACAUCCUCCAACUGCAGCUCCAGUUCGGCCGGCAGCUGCCAGUAUUUCCAGUCGCCGCACUCGACGAGCAACGGGACCAGUGCCCCGGCGAGCUCCAGUUCGGGAUCGGGUGCCGUCGCACCGAUGCUGGAACUCCAGGUGGACAUUGCCGACUCGGCGCAGCCGCUCAAUCUGUCCAAGAAAUCGCCGACGCCGCCGCCCAGCAAGCUGCACGCUCUGGUGGCCGCCGCCAAUGCCGUUCAGCGGUAUCCCACACUGUCCGCCGAUGUCACGGUGACCGCCUCGAAUGGUCCGCCAUCGGCGGCGGCGAGUCCUGCGCCCAGCAGCAGUCCGCCGGCGAGUGUGAGAUCGGGAUCGGUAUCGGGAUCGGGAUCACCCAAUCCCGGACUGACCACCGCCGUGCACAAGGUCAAGCUGGAGGCGUAAGGGUGGUUACACAAGGAGCAGGAGAAGGAGAAGGACAAGGAGAAGUGCGA